CACCGUCCCAUUUCUUUACUUCCACAAGUACACACUUGGCACCAAUUUUCGUUAGAUUCAUUUUAUAUCCAGCUAUAUACUUUGUAACUAAAUAUAUUUUAUAUUUUAAUAAUAUUGUAUUUCAUAAAAAUAAAGAAAUAUAAUAUUUUUUUAAGUAUGCAAUUUUGAUUCAACGAAUAUUUAUUCUUCUUAAUAUUUACCUGAAUUGCUCCUUUUUUCAAGUAGACUAGACAAUUGCAGUCCGUCUUUUUUACCUUUCUCUUUAACAGUCAGGAUUUUCAUCGAUUUUUUUUUUGCUUUUCUCUUUAAUCUGACUGCCUUUCUGAUCUCUGAUUUUGAAAUUGAUUGAGAUGUUUGAUGCGAUGGCUCAAAAAUGUUUUCAUAACAAACUUCGAAAGAACGAAUAUUCCCCCUGAGAUGGUCUGCUGAAGGAAUUUGUGUACAUGAAAAACAAUAUACAUUGAAAGCGAAUUUCCCUUUUUAUUUAUUAUUUUUUAUUUUGUCGUGAGUGUUUGAUGGUUAUGGGGUGUAUCCCCUGCUUUAGAUCAUCAAAGAAUGAAGAACAUAAUGGUAACAGGAAUGGAGUUAAAGGUUUUACAAAAGAGGAGUCAUUCAAAGACAAUUCAGCGGCUCAAUCAAACAGCCAUGUAAAUAGAGUGAGUUCAGAUAGAUCAAAAUCGCGAGGUAGUAAUGAUUCUAAGAAACCAAAUUCAAUCCCGAAAGAGUCGAAUAUUGCUGCACAAACAUUUACCUUUCGUGAGCUGGCUGCAGCUACAAACAACUUCAGAACAGAUUGCUUGGUUGGAGAAGGUGGAUUUGGACGUGUUUACAAAGGUCAUCUCCAAGGCACAGAACAGGUGGUGGCUGUUAAGCAGCUUGAUCGAAAUGGGCUUCAAGGAAAUCGAGAAUUUUUGGUGGAGGUUUUAAUGCUUAGCCUUUUGCAUCAUCCGAAUCUCGUGAAUUUGAUAGGUUACUGUGCUGAUGGUGACCAACGACUUCUGGUAUAUGAGUACAUGCCAUUGGGAUCUCUGGAAGAUCAUUUACAUGACCUUCCAGUGAAUAAGGAACCACUGGACUGGAACACGAGGAUGAAGAUUGCUGCAGGGGCAGCCAAGGGCUUAGAAUACUUGCACGACAAAGCCAAUCCACCUGUUAUAUACCGAGACCUUAAAUCCUCUAACAUCCUACUUGAUGAGGGCUUUUUCCCCAAGUUGUCUGAUUUUGGGCUCGCGAAAUUGGGUCCAGUCGGUGAUAAAACUCAUGUCUCGACUAGAGUCAUGGGCACCUAUGGUUACUGUGCCCCUGAGUAUGCUAUGACCGGUCAACUUACGCUGAAGUCCGAUGUUUAUAGCUUUGGAGUCGUUUUCCUUGAGAUCAUCACAGGUCGAAGGGCCAUUGACAACACAAAAGCUCCAGGGGAGCAUAAUCUCGUUGUAUGGGCGAAAUCGCUUUUCAAGGAUAGGAGGAAGUUUGCGAAAAUGGCGGACCCUCUACUGGAAGGGCGGUACCCAAUACGAGGGCUUUACCAGGCAUUGGCAGUGGCUGCCAUGUGCUUGCAGGAGCAUGCUGCCACAAGACCGUUGAUGAGAGAUGUUGUCACAGCCCUAACUUACUUGGCCUCACAACAUUAUGAGCCGUGCCACCUCAGCGGAGAAGAAGCAACAAUAUAACUAACAUUUUCGCCCAAUCAGAGAAUGCUAGUCUGCAUUAACAUAUUGAUCUAUUAUGUGGUUUGGCUUGAUUUGAGUACUAACAUUUGCCAUGGUGGUUGGUUUAGUUUAGGUUUUUUUUUUUUUUCUUUU